AUGGAGUUUUGGGACCUGGUGCCGCUUUGGCUUUUUUUUUGGGCAAAAAAAAACUGUUUUUUUACUGGAACAUAUUCGAUGAGCCGAUUAAAAUAUCUGGCUUUCAAAUGGCUUUCAACUGGAGUUCUAAUCGGACCCAAACGCCCGCCAGAGUGCACCCCAGAUAGUGCUAGAGUGCGUGGGAAUGAAAUCAAACUAAACUGCAUCGUCUCUUCGAAGACUUCGGAUUCAAAUCCUUUUUCGGAAACUAGGCCGAUGCAAAAUCAGACUGUAGUGUUUGCAAGCGAUAGUUCGCUCGAGUGUGCCUAUCAAUUUGCGGAACAAUUAUAG